AUGGCCUACCCCAACUACAACCAGUACCCUCCGCCGGGCCAGCAGCCUCCGCCGCCCGUACAAACGCAGAACCUGAAUCACCACCAACAGCAGCGCGCCUUUUCACCGCAGCACUACCAGCAGUCCCCGACCGCCUUGUCCCCGACCAUGGGAAGCGGCAUCCCUCCCAAUAAGCGUCAGCGCCUGUCCCCGAAUCCGCCAUCACCCGCACCAUACCAGUCACCUUUUGGUAUGCCUGGCGCUCCCUCGUUUCCGCCCUCGCCGUAUACCGCAUCCCCGCAGACGCCCGGCUACCAUUCACUGCCCACAUCGCCUGCCGCCAUGCAGCCUCCGCCAUUCCACCAGCCCCAGCCGUACCAGCAUCCAAAUGGACAACAGCCAGCGCUCCAGGGCUCUAUGCCGCCACCCAAGGUUCCCUAUAGCAAGACUGCAGAUAAUUCAGAGUUGGAGAAGGCAAACGCGCGCGAUCUCGAUGUCAACAACAUCAGCGAUGUUCUUACCGGAUCUGGUAUCGACUUGCGCGCCGAAGAGGACAACUUGUUGCACAAUUACAGGAGCUUCAAUUCGCAGGCAUCAGGCUCGACAGCAUCACCACACACCAGCUUCAACAACUGGAGCCAGCAGUCAAGCCAUGGCGCGUUCCAGGGGACUGGUGCGCUCAGUCAGGAAAUGACCAAGGAGCAGCACCAAGCCGAAUUCAUCAGGAAACACGAACAAGCCGCUAGAAUUCUGAACGAGUCUGCCCAACAGCCACUCAACGACCCGUUUCUACAAGCGAGCGUUCUUAGACAUCGCAUCGCAAAGCGUGGCUAUGAGCACGGUAUUCAGAUAAAUGUAGAUGGUCUGUUUGAUAAGAUUCCAGACAAAGGCCAGCAAGAGAUCACACGUACUACGCAAGCUGGUGCUAAUGGCGAGCAAAUCGUAGGCCUGGAGGCUGCCAGUCUACUAAACCAGAACGCUCCGCUUGUUGAGAUUCUAACAUUAAUUUCCCUGGCUGCCGAGGAGCGCAUACGUACCGUGGUCGAAGACUCUUUCGCUUUGUGUCAAGGCCGUCAGAACACUUCUCAUGGCAUUAUUCCACCUCAGAUGCUUGACCUUGCCAUUGUAGGGGAGAAUGCACAGGAGAAGAUGGUCCCGCCAGUUAACGUCCUGAAGACGCCGUGGGAGGCACCGGAUAGCGCUGUCAGCCCUACAGCGACAGCAAGCAAGGGUGUCCCCAAUGCAGGACGCCUGCCAACCCCUCCCAGCGAAGCACCGCCAACUCCUCAGCGAACGUACCAAAACGUCAACCAUGUUGCUCAGGCGCUCACAAAGCGCGUUCAGGAUGAUUACAAGUGGGAGCAGGAGCGGCUUCGUAAGCGUGCAAAGCGUCAAGCAGGUGCCUCAGCUUCCUCCGCAGAUACACCAGCUGCUCCCAUACCCUUGCCAGAACCUGUCACAAAGAAGGCCCUAGCAUUCGCCAAGAAGCAAAGCCAGUCGGAUGUUGUUGUGUUCGGCAAAGCCAAUGAAACUGCCAGUAUGGCGCUCGGCGGCAAGAAGAAGAAGUACUCCUGGAUGACUGGUGGAGGCGGUGGUCCAGCGUCAGGUGCUUCGACACCACGACCGGCAGCUACGACAGGUGGUAGCGGCACCACUACACCUGCAGUCCAAGCGCCUGAAAAGGCUCUCCUAGGCAGGAAGCGCAAGUUCGGCGACGCAAUCGAGCAAAACGAGACGGGGGCCGGGAUCCAGCUCCGUGAUUUGAUCCACGUGCUAGAUAAUGAUGGAAAAGAGAAGAAGACGCUCACGGUCAUCUUGGCGCGUCUCAAAAACACGGAAAAAGACACAAAGCCCGAGGUCAACAAAUCUUUACCUCCCUCUGGAGUAAGAGCUUAG